UCCAAAUACAUCCCAUUUUCAAACGCAUUCUAUUUUUCUUUCUUUCUUUCACUCUUGCUCGUUACAGACUUAUCCAAGCAAAUCUCAGAAGUUUUCUUGGCAACCAAACACACCCAAUGGAUAAUGCUCAGUUAAACGCUUUUCUCCAAAACCCAGAAACCCAUUUCCCCGAUUUCUCUAUUACUAGGGGUUUCGACUCAGAAAAAUGCGAUCUUGCCUUGAAUCUAGAUAACCCUACCUCCGCCAUGGAUGAAGGUGAAGAAGAAUCUUUUGCUGAUCUAAUGCUUUGUGACUCUAAUUCAAGGCUGAUCCCAUCCGGGUUUUCCAAAUCUAAUUGCACCGAUGAAAUUGUGAUGUUUAUAAACGCUGGAGGAGAGGCUUUAAAUGAAACAGAUUCUAGCAUGAAAUUUCUGGGGGAUAAUUACUUUGAAGGAGGAAAUGUUAUGCAGACCAAUGAGCCUAUAAAUGAGGCUGGAGAUUGUCCUUUCAUUUAUUGGUCGGCAAGAAUUGGUAGCUUCUCAUACCGGUUCAAUAAUCUUCCUCCGGGAGACUAUUUUGUUGAUCUUCAUUUUGCAGAGAUCAUUAACACUAAUGGACCUAAAGGAAUGAGGGUAUUCAAUGUCUAUAUGCAAGAAGAGAAGGUAUUGUCAGAUUUUGAUAUCUUCUCAGUUGUUGGAGCCAAUAAGCCAUUACAAGUUGUUGGUUUGAGGGUAUCAGUGAAGGAGGAUGGGCUAAUUGCUUUGAGGUUUGAAGGAGUUAUAGGAAGCCCCAUGGUUUGUGGGAUUUGUGUAAGGAAAACACAAAAUAUUCCAGUUACUCAGGGAUUGCAAGAAUACCUUAAGUGCAAUAACUGUGCUGCUGAAAUUGAAGUUUCCUCAGCUCAGAUGAAACUUGUACGAACAAAAGUUACAGAUAAGUAUGAAAAGAAGAUACAAGAGCUCACUACACAGUGCCAGCUCAAGACACAUGAAUGCCACGAGGCUUGGAUGUCAUUGACUGCAGCUAAUGAGCAGCUGGAGAAGGUUAGGAUGGAACUUGACAACAAGAUCUUCCUAACACGCACUCUCGAUGACACUGUGGGGAAACAAGCAGAAAAUUUGAAAAAUAUUACUAGCAGUUAUGAACAUUAUAAGAAGUAUUGGGCAGCAGAAGUCAAUAAUUUACGAGAGAAAAUAAAGAUAAUGAAAAAUGAACAUGCUCAGCUCUCCCAUGAAGCACAUGCCUGUGCUGAGUCAAUACCCGAACUGAAUAAAAUGGUCACUGGUGUCCAAGCACUCGUUGAGCAGUGUGAGGAUCUCAAAGUGAAGUAUAGUGAAGAGCAAGCAAAGCGAAAGGAGCUCUAUAAUCAAAUUCAGGAAACAAAAGGUAAUAUCAGAGUCUUUUGCCGCUGCCGCCCACUUAGUAAAGAGGAGAUAUCAGCUGGUUCUGCUCAAGUUGUAGAUUUUGAUGCAGCAAAAGAUGGAGACAUUGGAAUUCUGACAGGUGCCUCCACCAGAAAGACUUUCAAGUUUGAUAGAGUGUACACACCCAAAGACAAUCAAGUUGAUGUUUUUGCGGAUGCCUUGCCAUUGGUGACAUCAGUGUUAGAUGGCUACAAUGUCUGUAUUUUCGCUUACGGGCAAACAGGAACAGGGAAGACAUUUACAAUGGAAGGCACAGACCAGAACAGAGGAGUCAAUUAUAGAACUCUAGAGCAAUUGUUUCAUAUUGCUAAGGAAAGGAGUGAAACUUUUAUGUAUAACAUUUCUGUUAGCGUUCUUGAAGUUUAUAAUGAACAAAUUAGAGACUUAUUAUCUACAUCACCGACAUCAAAGAGGUUGGAGAUAAAGCAAUCUGCUGAAGGGUUUCAUCAUGUUCCAGGCAUUGUAGAAGCUCAGGUUGAAAAUAUAAAGGAAGUUUGGAAUGUAUUGCAGAUUGGAAGCAAUUCUAGAGCUGUUGGAUCAAACAAUGUGAAUGAACAUAGCAGCCGAUCCCACUGCAUGCUUUGUAUAAUGGUAAAAUCAAAGAACUUGAUGACUGGUGAGUGCACCAACAGCAAGCUUUGGCUUGUGGAUUUGGCAGGCAGUGAGAGGCUUGCAAAAACUGAUGCACAAGGGGAACGACUCAAGGAGGCUCAAAAUAUCAAUAAAUCCCUUUCAGCUCUUGGGGAUGUUGUGUACGCUUUAGCAACAAAAAGUAGCCAUAUUCCAUACAGGAAUUCAAAGUUGACACAUUUACUUCAAGAUUCAUUAGGGGGUGACUCUAAGACUUUGAUGUUUGUGCAAAUUAGUCCUUCAGAGAGGGACAUAAGUGAAACCUUGAGCUCCUUGAAUUUUGCAACUCGAGUUCGAGGAGUAGAGUUGGGUCCUGCUAAGAGGCAAGUUGAUACAAGUGAGCUCCAGAAGAUGAAAACAAUGCUUGAAAAAGCAAGGCAGGAAUCUAGAUCCAAAGAGGAGUCUUUAAAGAAACUAGAAGAGAGCUUACAGAAUCUAGAGAGUAAGGCCAAAGGUAGAGACCAAGUUUACAGAACACAACAAGAAAAGAUUAAAGAACUUGAAGGUCAAUUGGAGCUGAAAAAUAGCAUGCAUAACCAAUCAGAGAAGCAGCUCUCACAACUUUCAGAUAGAUUGAAAGGGAAAGAAGAGAUUUCCACUGCUUUGCAACUAAAGGUUAAAGAACUGGAGGCCAAGAUUAAAGAGCGACACCAAUCGGAUUCAGCUAGCUACCAGCAAAAGGUUAAAGAACUCGAGAAUAAGCUGAAAGAGCAAGUACAAGAAUCCGAGUCCCAUUCACUUUCUCUUCAACUGAAGAUCAAGGAGCUUGAGAGAAAGCUAAAAGAGCAAGAACAAAACCCAGAUUCCAUUUUUCUUCGUCAAAAGAUUAAGGAGCUGGAAGAUAGAUUGAGGGAGCAAGAACAACAAUUGCAGUGUGCACUAGCUCGUAGCUUUGCUGAUACGAUUGCAGCCAGUCCUAGUGAAGGAAAAUGGAGAAAAGAUGAUGAGUCCAUGAAUGAAGCUGAACCUCAUAUCCUAAGGAGUUCAAACUCAACCAGUAGCCGUCCCUUGAGCCAUGGGUUGAAACAGCCAAGAAUCAGUGAUUUAGUUCAUGAGCCAAGGAAGAAAAGGUACUCUAGAAGUGGUGAAACAGAGAACAAUAUGGUUAUGGCUGCUUCUUUGGCUGAUAAAAGGGCAAGAAAAUCUGAUCCACCUAAGAUUGCAAGGGGUGUGAAAACAACAAAACCAGGUAGCUUAGCGGCACAGGGACCCGUGGCUCACAAAAGGGUCAUUAAUAGAGGUCAAGUCCACGGAGCAAUGGAGAGAGAUAGUAAGAAAAAGAUUUGGUCAAGGUAAGUUGUUCAAGCCUAGACUCCAUUCUUUGGAGUAAUUAUAUUGAUGUAACUUCUACAGAAACUCUUAUUGUAUCGAAUUUGAUUUUUAAUCAUCAAGAAAAUUUUAAGAAA